CAUAAUAGUAUUUGACUUUUGACAAAAUGAAGAUUGCUGUAUUAUUAUUGGUUUUGGCUAUAGUCGCUGUGGCUUUUGCUGCUGAAACUAAGCAAAAUCAACGAAAACAUGUGCAAAGAUCCAAUAAAAAUUCAAUUAAUAAAGGAGCUGCGAAAAAACUGAAUCACCAAAGUGCAUCUGCUAAAUUCUUAGCUAAAAAUCGGUCCAGCCGUAAUAAAUGGGGUGCAUCAACGGAAAAUACAAAUAAUGAAGAAGACACAUCAAUAACGGCAGAUAAAAAUAAUGAAGAAGCUGCAGCACUAAAUGCAAAUGAAAAUAAUGAAGCUGCUGCAGAACUAACUGCAAAUGCAAAUAAUGAAGCUGCUGCAGAACUAACUGCAAAUGCAAAUAAUGAAGAGGCUACAGAACUAACUGCAAAUGCAAAUAAUGAAGCUGCUGCAGAACUAGCUGCAAAUGCUAAUAAUGAAGAGGCUACAGAACUAGCUGCAAAUGCAAAUAAUGAAGCGGCUACAGAAUUAGCUGCAAAUGCAAAUAAUGAAGCGGCUACAGAACUAGCUGCAAAUGCAAAUAAUGAAGCGGCUACAGAACUAGCUGCAAAUGAAAAUAAUGAUACACCCGCAGCUUCUGGUACAGCAAAGAAAUUAUUGAACAAGGCAACUAUUCCCGUCAAUCGGGCUCAAAAAGUCUUAAAACCAGUUGGCAGUGAAUCCAUAGAGCUUGCAAAAUCCAUUUUGAAUCAAGGCCCAAAUUCAAGAAAAUCUAAACGAUCCUCAAAUCAUCCAAAACCACACCUGAACCGAUUGUUGAAAAGUAUCUCUUGAUGAUGCAACAUCAGAAGAAUUGAAACUACUGAGAACUGUUAGCAAACUUAUAUCUGCAUAAUAAUUAAAUUGGAAAAUAGGUCAACGGAAAAUUUAGUACAUAUAAGCACUGAACAAAAUGGACAGGAAAAUUUGCACAGACAAAAACAAAUUUUCAAGAAUU